AUGCAGCGCAUCGAUCCUCGACCAGUCGAGACGUCGGCGCAAGCUCAACAACAAGAAGGUCAACCUCCACAAUCACAGCAAAACGCCGCUGCCAAAUCAUGGAAUCUGCCCAGUGGAUUCGCAAGCACGGGGAGGGACGCGCACACCCAGAGCUUCGAGGAGAUCUAUGGGGUGCCGGAGAACUUCCUCGAGAUAGAGGUAUGAACUGCGCAGGCUUGAGAUCGUAGCACGGAGAGACAGUGCUGAUGAGUGUGGCGGCGGCAUAGGUAAUAGACCCGCAAACCCACCAACCGACCUCGUCCCCCUCGUCGCGGUACACAACCUACCUCAUCCGCAUGAGCACCAACAUUCCCGCCUUCAAACUCCGCCGCAGCGAAGUCCGCCGGCGAUACUCCGACUUUGAAGUCUUCCGCGAUCUCCUCGAACGGGAAUCCGCUCGUGUCUCGAUCCCCUCCCUACCAGGAAAGGUCUACCUCAACCGCUUCGACGACGCAGUGAUCGAAGAACGACGAAGAGGCCUCGAGCGCUUCCUCAAGAUCGUAGUGGGACAUCCUCUCCUCCAGACCGGAAGCAGAGUACUAGGCGGCUUUGUACAGGAUCCGAACUGGGAUCGCAAUGCUUGGUAG